GGCUGAUUCACUCGGUAGGCCAACAUGGCGGCGCCCGCUGUUGUUGUAGUCUGCUUCUCGUAGAUCGGGCGUCAGCAAUCGCUGGUCCGUGCAAACGCUGCUGACUCAGCGGAUCUGUGGCAACGGGAGUGGAACGGCCCGCCGUCCGUGUCAAGCCAGCCAUGAAGAAGCGAAGCUCAAAACUCAAGACGAGGGAGGCAUCGAGCCGCAUUGACAAGGUAACUAACUGGCAGCAACGCAGGCCUUCAUUUGCGACUGACGCUGUCCUACGCGAUCGGCGCGCUCGGAUUAUUUCUGUCAUGAUGAUGGGAUAUGGCGAUCACCAGAUGCACUCCGCACCGCCAGAGGUGCUUGAAGACCUACCGUUGGCGAUCAGUAGCAAGAUCACCAUGUCCGAUGGAGAGCUGGUGCACCUCUCGGUUCGUGACCUUAAUCGCCAGUUGAAGGCGUCUGGCCUGACCCGGUCCGAGAUUGUCAAAAUGAAGCAGCGGCGGAGGACACUCAAGAACCGAGGCUAUGCAGCCAGCUGUCGCAACAAACGGCUAGAGCAAAAGGACGACUUGGAAGGUGAGCGGGCAGUGGUGAACCAAGAGAUCACAAGACUUCAGGAAGAGAACAAGACGCUGGAGGGUGAGGUGGACAAUUUGCGCUCAAAGUACUCAACCCUGCUGGACUAUGCCCGUAAGCAGGGCGUCCCUUUACCAGAUGACUUGAACACCAACUUCUAGCCGAUGCUACUCAUCUAUCAUCUUCCCUUACGGAGCAUACUCAUUGUACUUGACUUUUUCACACAUACCAGAACAAGAAUUAUCCAUGCAUCAUGGUAUGAUGCCGCUAUGAUAUGUCAGGACAUGAUGAUGGUGGUACGAUGUCAGAAAGAUGGCACAGAGGCCUCUGUUGUUAACUAUAUCUAAUAUGUUUCCAUGCGCAAGCUUGCAAAGCUGACUUUCCAUUCUGACGUGGUUAGCUAAUCAAAAAAGUGUCUUGCUGUGUGUGUCACUUCAGUCGUCCUGUGUAGCAGGUUGUGCAGUCAGUGAAAUGUUGGGUCUGCUGCGCAUUUUCUUUUUUUAUCAUUAUUAUUUUACUAGGAGGAUAUUAUCUAACAAGUGAUGUAUCUGUGCUAACCACCAUUGUCUGUGAGAAAGAGGAUUAUUGCAUUUUUUUUUCUUGCAUGUGCAAAACUUAGUGACUGCUUUGGACAUGAUCACACCUUCACAGUUCUAUAGCAGUUCUGCCUUAAUCUGCAUAUGUAAUGCAGUCGAAUGGUUCGUGAACUAUUACAAAUAUGAGCGCGACUGUCAUGCUGUUUGAGAAUGUGAUUCGCCUGUUGUUCGCACUUGCAUGCUUAUAAAGCAUGCAGUUGUAUUAUUGCACGCUUCAUUUGUUAUUAUACUGCAUACAUUGUUAUUGUUGUACAUAUACUUUAUUUUAGUAUGGUUUUGGGGAGUCAUUGCAUGUUGUUGCUUAUCUAUCUGUCUCAAUAAAAGCUCUUAUACACA